AUGGAGUAUGCAACAUACGAAUCACGUCUGGCAUCGUUCGAACCGCCGUCAAAACGUUCCAAGCUGGGAUGGCCUCACAAGACUCCAACACCACAUUCUCUGGCGAAGGCGGGCUUCUACUACAACAGAGUCACGGACGGCAACGACAAUGUUGUGUGCUAUCUCUGCGAAAGAAAUCUCAGUGGAUGGGAAACGGAUGAUGACCCCAUAGAUGAGCACUUCAAACACUCGAGCAACUGCGGCUGGGCAAUCUUGAUGAACAUCGAAAAAGACGCGACUUCAGACCUCUCAGCCAUGGAAGACCCGACAGGACCCAUGGUCGCGGACGCAAGAAGAGCUACGUACGCGAUAGGAUGGCCACACGAGAACAAGCGAGGGUGGACUUGCAAGACGGAGAAGAUGGUAGAGGCUGGGUGGCAUUUUGCUCCCACUCCAGAGUGCGAGGAUUAUGUGUCCUGUGUUCACUGCAAGCUAUCUCUGGAUGGCUGGGAGCCAAAGGAUAAUCCUUUUGAUGAGCACUACAAGCGAUCCCCUGAAUGCCCCUUCUUCCACUUCGCUGGCACCACCGCUCCCUCCAAACGUCCUCGAGCGAAGAAAGGACGCGCCUCCAAAUCCUCCCGCACCUCCAAAGCCUCGACGCGCAUGUCAACACAAUCCACCAAUGAUACGGUACUGUCGGAACUUCCCAGCUUCAACGAUAUUCCUGAUCUGGACGAAUCAAUAGACACUAGUGGUGUCUCGGUCAUGACAACGAUGUCAACAGCAUCCACAGCAACAACAAAGGGUAAGAGGAAAGGUACAGCAAAGGCAAAGACAGCCACAAAAACGAAACGAGCCAAGACAACUCGACAGACCAAGGCAAAGAAACAAGAGACGGAGCCUGAGGCAGAUGAAGUGCAGCAAGCACCAGAACCAAAACCAAAGCAACAGGAAGCCGAAGCAUAUGACUCACCAGUCGAAAGCAAGUCACAACCGGCGCCAUCCAGUGCAACAGCAGAUGUCGCAUACCCAAGCAUACCCCAACAAAGUCCAGUGAUCGCAGAUCUUACCAGCCGACUGAGCCCCGUCCCGCCACCACCAGGAUCCUCACCCACUCCACGAAGAACUAGACUAUCUCUGACCAAAAGCAAGGAGAUAUAUUCAACUCCUCCUAAGAAGAGGAACGUUCAUCCCACGGCAGCGGUGAUCGCGUCGCCACCGAAAGGGAGCAGUCCUUCAUCGCAGUCCGACAUUGAAAAUGCGCCUCCCAGCUCACGUCCAGCGUCGACUCGCCCGCCAGUAGCACAGACAGUGCCCGUGACGUUUUCUUCACCAGGCUGCGUCCAAACCACUUCGUGGACACCCGUUGACGUUGAGCUGGCAUUCGAGCCAAACACGCCUCAACCGGCCGAUAUCCUUGCGCUGACGGGAGGCAAACUGAGUGAUAAGGAGAAGGCCAUGACCGUACAGGAAUGGGUCGAGUAUUUGGCAACUGAGGCCGAGAAGGGACUCAGAGCAGAGACGGAGCGGGUCGUGGGUAUAUUUGAACGUGAGGGUCAGAGAGCAAUGGGCGUCUUGGAGGGGAUUGUGUGCGUGCAAUGAUGUACAAAAGCGAAGAGAAGUCUUUGAACUGGCUCUCUCUCUCACAGUAGAGGGCUCUUGCAUAGGAUGAUCAUGUUGAUGUUAUGUUUACGUUUGGGUGUUUGUCUGACCGUGGACUGGGACACAGAUGUGUGGGUUGGCGUUGGUACGGAUGGAUUGAUUGAUUGACUGGAUGUCGAUUGAAGACAAGACAAGUCUCC